AAAGGUUCAGAUGAACAGAGAGACUCCACAGUACUACAUCAGGUAAGGACAUUUCACCAAUACAGAGGAAAGCUAGCAGGUUCUCUUUACAAAAGUGAUACCAACAUAAUUCAUAAAAUGUAUCAUAUUUUAAGGGUGAUGAGGAUGACAACAAUCAUGUCUAAAUGUAUUCACCUUUGGUCUGUAGGUACAAGAGGUCUGUCUUAUAAAGUCAUGGACAAGAAGGCGCUGGUCCUGUUUCUCUCUGGGCUCUACACUCUCUCCUCAUGCCUUGCUCAUGAGUAUCACUUUGUGAACAUGAACAAGAACUGGACUGAAGCACAGAGAUACUGCAGAGAGAAGUACACUGACCUGGCCACCAUAGACAACAUGGAGGAUAUGAACAGACUGAUCAACACAGUAGACAGUGGUUAUAAUGGAUCAGCCUGGGUAGGAUUGUAUAAUGGUGUUAACAGCUGGAGGUGGUCUCUAGAAGAUAUGGACUACUAUGGUGAGGGAGAGGCUGAGUUCAGGAACUGGGACAGUUCAGAUGGUAAAUACACUGAUCAGCACUGUGUAGUGACAGGAGAGUAUGGGACGUGGUGGGAUGACCGUUGCAUCAUAAAAUACCACUCGGUCUGCUACAAUGGAAAGACAACCAACAUUUCUGAGAGGUUCAUCUUGUCAAAUGAAAGUAUGACAUGGGAUGAAGGGCAGAGCUACUGCAGACAUCACUACACAGACUUGGCCAGUGUGAGGAACCUGGCUGAGAGCAGGAAGAUAGGGAACAUGGUACCGAAGGGAAACUGGGCGUGGAUCGGCCUGUUCAGAGACUGGAGCUGGUCGGACCAGAGUAACUCUUCAUUCAGAUACUGGCAUUCAGGAACACCCAAUAAUCGCUAUGGGAACUGUGUUUCGGUGUUUGGUAAAUCAGGCAAAUGGGCAGACUACACAUGUGAGACACAACUUCCCUUCUGCUGCUACAGUGUCUUAGUGAAGAAGACACAGCAGGUGGUGAGAGUGAAGCUGACCCCAAAGGACCAGAACAUGGACCUGACUGAUCCUGACAUACAGGAAGCCAUCUUGCAGCAGAUAAGGAAGGAGCUGAGGGAGAAGGGGAUGUCUGAUGACGUCAAACUGAGAUGGAAGAAGCAGCCCGAUGGAAAGAGCUUCCACAAGGAAGAAAAUGAGAAGAUGUAAGGAGGAGAAACUCAACCGAGUAUGAAGCUGGAACUGUAAACACUAUUACUGUAGACUAUGGAGACUUUUCUGACCAAAAUCCCAUUUACAGCCCGACUAGCCAAAACCCUGAAAACAAACCCUUACUGUAUCCGUUAACUGAUCCCUUAACCCUAACUGUAACCCAACGUCACCUAAUUUUAACCAAUUUGAAAAUUAAAAAAUGGCUUGCACGUCAGUCAAGUCCCCUUAGUUUUUCCCUACUACUACAUUAAAAAAAUAUAUACAGUCAAAAGUUUGGACACACUGACACUCAUUUCAGGGUUUUCUUUAUUUUUACUAUUUUCUACAUUGUAGAAUAAUAGUGAAGACAUCAAAACUAUGAAAUAACACAUAUAUAGAAUCAUGUAGUAACCAAAAAGUGUUAAACAAAUCAAAAUAUAUUUUACAUUUCACAUUCUUCAGAGUAGCC